AUGAACCAGUGGCCAGGCGUGCGAUUGGUGGUUACGGAAGGCUGGGAUGAAGAAGGAUACCAUCCUCCAGAUUCAUUACACUACGAAGGCCGGGCAGUCGACGUAACUACAUCGGAUAGGGAUAGAGCGAAGUAUGGAUGCUUGCUAGGUAAAUAUAUUAUAGGAUUAGAGCAUAAAACCGAAAAGUCCGGCGGGUGUUCACGAAUAUUGAAUUGA